AUGCAGCACUACGGGGUGAAUGGCUACUCGCUGCAUGCCAUGAACUCGCUCAGUGCCAUGUACAACCUCCAUCAGCAGGCAGCCCAGCAGGCCCAGCAUGCCCCCGACUACCGGCCGUCUGUGCACGCACUUACGCUGGCUGAACGUUUGGCCGGCUGUACAUUUCAAGACAUCAUCUUGGAGGCCCGCUAUGGCUCCCAGCAUCGCAAACAGCGUCGCAGCCGCACGGCCUUCACUGCCCAGCAGCUCGAGGCCCUGGAGAAGACUUUUCAGAAGACUCAUUACCCAGACGUGGUGAUGCGUGAGAGGCUGGCCAUGUGCACCAACCUGCCUGAAGCCCGGGUGCAGGUUUGGUUCAAGAACCGCAGGGCCAAGUUCCGGAAGAAGCAGCGCAGUCUGCAGAAAGAGCAGCUGCAGAAGCAAAAGGAGGCUGAGAGUUCCCACGGGGAAGGCAAGACUGAGGCCGCAACCCCAGAUGCCCAGCUGGACACUGACCAGCCCCCUAGCUUGUCCAGUGGCAAUGCCCCUGCUGAGCUUCACCUGAGCCUCUCUGAGCAGUCUGCCAGUGAGUCAGCCCCUGAGGACCUGCCUGACCGAGAAGAGGAGACCCGGGCAGUAGCUGAAGAUCCCAAAACUGAGAAGAGCCCUGGAGCUGAGAGCAAGGGCCUGGGCUGCAAGAGGGGCAGCCCCAAGGCAGACUCCCCAGGCAGCCUGGCCAUAGCUCCUGCAGCCCCUGGGGGCAGCCUGCUGGGUCCCUCCCACUCCUACUCCUCAUCCCCGCUGAGCCUCUUCCGCCUGCAGGAGCAAUUCCGCCAGCACAUGGCAGCCACCAACAACCUGGUGCACUACUCUUCCUUCGAAGUGGGGGGCCCGGCCCCUGCUGCCGCCGCUGCUGCCGCCGCCGCUGUUCCCUACCUGGGUGUCAACAUGGCCCCCCUGGGCUCACUGCACUGCCAGUCCUACUACCAGUCCCUGUCAGCAGCCGCUGCUGCCCACCAGGGGGUAUGGGGUUCCCCAUUACUGCCCGCACCCCCUGCAGGCCUUGCACCUGCCUCUGCCGCACUGAACAGUAAAACCACGAGCAUUGAGAACCUGCGGCUUCGAGCCAAGCAGCAUGCUGCCUCUCUGGGACUUGACACGUUGCCCAACUGA